AUGACAAGCAAGAUAAAAAAGAUCGAUGAUAUACCUCCAGAAAUUAGAGAAGAGAUGAUGCAGCUUUACCAUGAUCUACCGGGUAUAGAGCGUGAGUAUAAGCUCAUAGAUAAGAUCGGUGAGGGAACAUUUUCAUCGGUGUAUAAAGCCAAAGAUAUCACUGGGAAAAUAACAAAAAAAUUUGCAUCCCAUUUCUGGAAUUAUGGUUCGAACUAUGUUGCUUUGAAGAAAAUAUACGUAACUUCGUCACCACAAAGAAUUUAUAAUGAGCUCAAUCUGCUAUACAUUAUGACGGGCUCUUCAAGAGUGGCCCCCCUAUGUGAUGCGAAAAGGGUGCGAGACCAGGUCAUUGCUGUUUUACCGUACUAUCCUCACGAGGAAUUCAGAACUUUUUACAGAGAUCUACCAAUCAAGGGCAUCAAGAAAUACAUUUGGGAGCUGCUAAGAGCAUUGAAAUUUGUUCAUUCGAAAGGAAUUAUUCACAGAGAUAUCAAGCCAACAAACUUCUUAUUCAAUUUGGAAUUGGGGCGCGGUGUGCUUGUUGAUUUUGGCUUAGCUGAAGCUCAAAUGGAUUAUAAAAGCAUGAUAUCUAGUCAGAAUGAUUACGAUAACUAUGCAAAUACAAAUCACGAUGGCGGAUAUUCAAUGAGGAAUCACGAACAAUUUUGUCCAUGCAUUAUGCGCAAUGAAUAUUCUACAAACUCGCAUAACCAAACACCUCCCAUGGUCACCAUACAAAAUGGCAAGGUCGUUCACUUAAACAAUGUGAAUGGGGUGGAUCUAACAAAAGGUUAUCCUAAAAAUGAAACGCGUAGAAUCAAAAGGGCGAAUAGAGCAGGGACCCGUGGGUUUCGAGCACCAGAAGUGUUAAUGAAAUGUGGGGCUCAAACUACGAAGAUUGAUAUAUGGUCCGUUGGUGUUAUUCUUUUGAGUCUUUUGGGCAGAAGGUUCCCAAUGUUCCAAAGUUUAGAUGAUGCGGAUUCCUUGCUAGAGUUAUGUACUAUUUUUGGUUGGAAAGAAUUACGAAAAUGCGCAGCGUUGCAUGGUUUGGGUUUCGAAGCUAGUGGGCUAAUUUGGGAUAAACCAAAUGGAUACCCAAAUGGAUUGAAGGAAUUUGUUUAUGAUCUGCUCAAUAAGGAAUGUACGAUAGGCACGUUCCCCGAGUAUAGCGUUGCUUUUGAAACAUUUGGAUUUCUUCAACAAGAAUUACAUGAUAGACUGUCCAUUGAGCCUCAAUUACCUGACCCUAAGACCAAUAUGGAUGCUGUUGAUGCUUAUGAGUUGAAGAAAUAUCAAGAAGAGAUUUGGUCAGACCAUUAUUGGUGCUUCCAGGUUUUGGAACAAUGCUUCGAAAUGGAUCCUCAAAAGCGCAGUUCAGCGGAAGAUCUCCUGAAAACCCCGUUUUUCAAUGAAUUGAAUGAGAAUACAUAUCUACUUGAUGGCGAAAGUACCGACGAAGAUGACGUUGUCAGCUCAAGUGAGGCAGAUUUGCUCGAUAAAGAUGUCCUUUUAAUAUCUGAAUAG